UCUGUCGCGGCUAGCUCCUGGGAGUCCGCUGCUUCCCUGCUGGAGAAGGUCCGGGUCCCGGUCCGCCCGUUUCUCGCCAACUGCUCCUUGCCCGCCUGCGCCUGUACUUUGCGGACCGGAUAGAAAGCUUGCUCCGACACGGAGGUUGCUUCUAUCAUCUACUACUGUGGCCACCACUGACAAUUCAAGUACCAUGUUUCCUACAAUGUCAAAUGUUCCUGCCUGUAUGGCUUCCCAGGAACUCUCAAUCACAACCUCAACGACAACCACUACCACUGUUACCACCAACACUACUACUACAAUUACAAGUGGAUUCAACCUGUAUCUGAAACCACCAGCAUCACCUUGGCAUAACGACACUGGCUUAAUCAGUGUGGCUUCUCUGCCGGUUACCAUGACUGUAAACUCAAUCGCAACUCCUGUGAUGACCUAUGGUCACCUGGAUAGUAUGGUGGACAAGUGGAGCCGUCAACUGCAGGAGCAAGAAAAGCACUUUUUUCACCAGGCCAACCACCUCAAUGUUUGGAACCAGGCCUUGCUUGAGAGUGGUGAUGAGAUUACUCUUUUGCAUCGUGAAGUGGAAAGAGUGAAGCUGGACCAGAGCAGGUUGGAACGGGAAUUGGAUUUUAUCCUGUCCCAGCAGAAGGAGCUGGAACAACUGUUGACCCCCUUAGAGGAGUUUGUGAAGGGGCAGAACGGGCCUUUUAAUCUGCUCUGGGUGGAUAAAGAGUAUGAGAGAAUCUACAGAUUAGCAGAAAAUAUAGAUGCUGAGCUCAAAAGAAUGUCUCAAGAUCUCAAGGACAUUAUUGUUCACCUGAAUUCCCUUGGAAGUCCUGAUGACACUGCCGAAACACUUCAACAGAUUUGCAGAAUUCUGAAUGCUCACAUGCAGUCUCUGCAGUGGAUCAGCCAGAAUUCAGGCAUAAUGCAGAGGAAGGUAGAAGAGGUUACAAAGGCCUUUAAGGAAUAUCGUCGCAAGGAGCAGGGGUGCAACAUGAAGUUUGCCUUUGAAUAAUUAUCACCCCAACCCACUCCGUUUGGAUUAUGCAUCAACCCUGAAUUCUGAUGCUAUUAGAGUAGUAUUUACUGUUACUAAUCUUUGAUUGCAAUAAUUUGUGCAUGUGUUUGAUUAUUUUUCAUUUAAAUAUUGUAAAGAGAACUAUCCAAUCUUUCUUUCAGAAUGAAAUGAGAUCAGUGCCGAGGGCAUAACUCAAUGAUAGAGUGCUUACCCAGAAUUAAGUAAAACAUGUAUUAAGCCCCUUGCCCAGGCAAUUACUUCUUAGGUAUUGAUUUUGUGUAUGUAAUCUAUAUCUUAUCAAUGUAGAGUGUACAUCCUACACCAGUACAUGCCAUCUUCCUACUUAAUUGGGAGAAGAUGUUUGCCAAAACGUACGUGCCACCCAGUCUUGCCAUUCAUGUAAAGUGCUGUAUACUGUAAAGUGUCAAGUGAAAUUUACUGUCAACUCUGAGAUAUAAUUUUAAGGCAUCAUUUUUAUCUGUGAAAGACCAUAUGGGCAAUGAAAGCAAGUGUCUUUCAGGAAUUUGGAGUAGGUAAUAUGGUUUUAUGGAUUAUGGAUUUAAUUUAAUUAGGGCUUUGCUUUCUCUUGUGAUUCUAGAGAUCAAACCCAGUGCUACACUCUUGGAUUAUAUACCCAGCACUGAAUUAUGUUACUUUUGAGGGUAAGAUUCACACAAUUCCCUUACUUUUGACUAUUCAGAUACCUCAGUGUUUUCGUUUUGUUUUUUAUCAAGACCUCACUGUAUAGCCUAGGCUGCCUUGGUCUCCCAAGUGUCACCACACCUAGGUGUCCUAAGAUUUUUUUUGUUUGUUUUGUUUUAGCAUAUGAUUUGGACCUGUCCU